CCUUCCUAUCUUCCAAUCAAAUACCCAAAAAUUUCAACAUAAUCAAAACACCUCCUUUUUUCUUUCUUCUUUCUUCUUCUUCCUUUUGCUCUGUUCUUCAUUUUUUCCCCAGAAAAAUCACAACUUUUACAGAAAUUCAACUGAUUUUCUCUCUCCUCCAUUUUGAAGCUCCUUGUACUGAGUGAUGGGGGUGCGAAUUCCGGGUUCUCACACUUCCCACAUCACUGAACUCAUCAUAACCAGCUUUUUCCGUCAUAAGCUCUGAAAAUCCCUUCAUCUUCAUCUUCUUCUUCUUCCCCCCAUCAAAUUGAAAUUUCCAGAUUCAUCUUAGAACCCUUUAAUUAAUCGAUCAUGGUUUCUUAGAAUUCCCAAGUUUUUUAGCUAAAUUCUUACUUAGAAGGCAGAAGUUAUGGCGGGCGCCGGUGUUGGAAGGGUCUUUGGUGGUGGUUCUUCCGGCGGUGUUGGUGUUGGAGCUUCUUUGCUGUUUAAUCCGAGGCUACCUCGUUCUUCUCAGUCUCCCGAAUCACUUUUCAUUUCUGGGUCUACCUCUAAUUUUCUGGGUUCGAGCUCCAUGGUUAGUUUCGAAGAUGUUUGUGGAGGAAAAAGGUCAGAGAGGCCAUUCUUUUGCACAUAUGAUCAAGAAGAGAAUGGUGAUGAGGAUUACGACGAUUACUUUCAUCAGCCAGAGAAGAAACGGCGACUGACAGUUGAGCAAGUCCAGUUCUUGGAAAAGAGCUUCGAGGUUGAGAACAAGCUUGAACCUGAGAGGAAAGUUCAGCUAGCCAAGGACCUUGGCUUGCAGCCGCGGCAAGUUGCUAUUUGGUUCCAGAACCGAAGAGCUAGGUGGAAGACUAAGCAACUAGAGAAAGAUUUUGACAGUUUGCAGUCCAACUUUAACAACCUGAAGGCUGAUUAUGAGAAUCUUCUUCAGGAAAAGGAGAAACUUCAAGCUGAGGUUGUUAAUCUGACAGACAAGCUGCUUCUGAAGGAGAAAACGGAGGGAGAUCAACCCGAAUCACCCAAAACAUACGCAGCAUCCAAAACAGUCCAAGAAGAACCCGUUAUUGAAUCUGCUUCUGAGAGUGAGGAUCACCUUGCACCAGUCUUUGGCUGCAAACAGGAAGACCUGAGCUCUGGUAAGAGCGAUAUAAUCGACUCUGAUAGCCCACACUAUGUGGAUGUUAGCCACUCUCCCUUCGGCGAGCCUGGUGAUUCCUAUGCUUUUGAAGCAGACCACUCUGAUAUAUCUCAAGAUGAUGAAGACUACUUGAGCAAGAGCCUUCUGCCUUCUUCCCAUGUCUUCUUGAAGAUCGGGGAUGUCGAUUAUCCCGGCCCGCCUGCCACCAGCUCUUGCAACAACUAUGGGCUUCCUGGAGAUGAUCAACCUUCUCCUCUCUUCUGGCCAUACUGGGAUAUCAACCUGAAAAUGUAAUAAAUCUACUUAUAAAUACUAUACAUAUAUAUAUGAUAUAUUCAUACCACAUAUAUAUCAUGAUAAGUUGAGAGAGUGUGCAACUCACUUAAGAAUUCAAUCAUUUGCACCCCUCUUCAAUUGUGGUUUGAAAAAUUGUCUUUUUUUUUUCUUUUUUUUUUUUGGAAUUAUUACCAUCUUUUGGUGAUCCCCUUUUAUGUAAUCUUGCUUUUGUUGGAGGGGAUUGACUCUCUUAUCUUUUGAUUUUC